UCUCCGAUCAUAUUUUGUUACUGUUUUCAUCGAUACACAAGUAAACACAAAAGUGAUGUUAAAAUCAUUUAUCUUAGUCCUGGUUGCCGCGUGUUUCGUGGCACCAUCUGCAGCAAAUAGGUGCUUUGGACGGCCCGACGGUACGUUCAUCAACGAUUUUACUGCUUGCGAUACGUACUUUGUCUGCACUCGUCAGACACCUGUGUUGGGUCGCUGUCCACAAGGUUUCUACUUCAACGAGGCAGCGCAGAAGUGCGAUCAUCCUUGGAAUGUGAUCUGUCUUCUAUGUGUCGGUGAUAAUGGUGGCGAUGAGCCUGAUGAAACUGAGCCGACAAACGAUUUGCCGGUGAAUUACCCUAUCGAUCACGAGUGCCGAAUGUAUACAGCAUGUGCGGACGAUGAAGGUUUCCUGAGGGAAUGCGCUCCAGAUCUUAUGUUCAAUCCUGCUACGGGUCAAUGUGAUCUUGAAGAAAAUGUGGAUUGCGAGCAAAGUGUAUGUCCAAGUAACGUUAACCCAUCGGUACCAACGUUCGUUCCGGAUCUUAGGGACUGUGCGCGUUACUACAUCUGCUUCAAUCGUACUGCUACUGGGGAUUCGCAGAGGUGUGCUGGCGAUCUGCUAUUCAACCCGGAAACUCGCAUGUGUGAUCUACCGGAAAAUGUGGAAUGUGAUCAUAUUGUACUUCCACCAAUUGGAGAGUGUCCGCCGACGGGAAUGCAAUACAUUCCAGUGGAAGAUUCAUGCACUUCAUAUUACGUUUGCGUUAAUGGUGAUCAACGGGGUCCAGUGGAAUGCGCGGAUGGUUUGAUAUUUGAUAUCCUAACAAGAAGUUGUAGAAUACCGUCCGACGAAACCCAAUGCAUGACGGAUGAGGCCGUGAAAUUAAGAUUUAUCAUUUAAGCUGUAUUGUUCACGUCAUUUCAUUUCUAUAUAACCUAACGUUAAUGAAUUAAUCGAUGACAUA